CACGCAAACAGUCGCGGAGUGUCGCUGCUGCGCAACCGCGACGCACGAUAUUUUCCAAGUUCAUGGCACGCAAGGCCUAUUUAUCACGCUCUGUCAAAAUACGAAGCUAAUGCCUGUAAAUUAAUGUGUUGGACACACGCAGAAUCACGCCAUCACAAUGCAAAACAUCUGAAGAUGCUUCGACAGAUUGCCACUUUAAUCUAUCUGCAAAUAUAGUAGAAGCCCUGGCAAUCUUCUAAGGACAGGAAAAUGUCAUACAAACCAAAGAUUCAUGUUUUUUUGGGUGCCCCAUGUCCCCAAGCACUCGCUAUAGACACACAGGAGAGAGCAGCUCCACCCUGGAAGACAAUGGACUUCACUUGGAGUCAAGGCAGAUUGAUUCCCAAAGACACCAUAAGAGAAGCAGAAACCGAUGAGUGUGUUACGAUGGUUAGUGGUAGAAUGCAAACUGCUGUUGAGAGUACAGAGGACAAAACAGAAACAUCACAGGAUGACGGCACUCCAUCAGGCAGCCAGUGCUCUCAAUCAAAGGCAGAGUCCGUUGAAGAAGAGGAACUGUGUCCUGUAUUAGUGACAGAAUACCUAGAUAGUUGCUUCUGCUCGCAUAGACAAGGCAGAGAUGGAAGGCCUGCAUCGCCCGUUUCCACAGAGACUGAGUAUCUGAGUACAUGGACAAAGUCCCAAGCCUUGCUUCUUCGAGGUAGAGUGGCCCAAUGUCCAACUUCUGACUUUCCUGAUGACUUUCUUCUUGGUUCUCCACACACCCCUCCCAAACAAACGCCCUCAUCUUCUAUAAGUUCCCCAGAAUUGUACAGUCCUGUGGUCAGCCCUGAAGAGAGGGGCUUGGGGGGAACCUUGCAAAGCUCAGGAGAGUGGCAUAAUGAGAGUCUAAGCCAAAGACAGCAGGAGAGAGGGGUGAUUCUGGAAAUCACAACUGACGGCAUCCUCUGCUCUCAGGGUAAUGCUAUGGCUGAAAAACCUGUGGAUCAUGAGGAAGCUGGACUUAAUAUUGACUCGCCAUCUACAAUUGCACAGACUUCACCUAGUCCCACUACUUCUAAAAGGAUGAAGUUGUCUCAGACUGUAAGUAAAACUAAAGAAACAAAUCAGAGCGCAAGAACAACUGCUGCCCCCCUCUGUGGCCCUACAACCCUGCUGGCCAGGUGUAAGACUCAUGGUGUACGAUACGCCAUCUUGGUUGCUGUGGUGCAUCCAUGCCACUUAAAAGAAGUCAAAGUGAAAACUGGAGCUUCGGCUGGAACCAGUGUAUCUUUAGCAACACUGAUUGUUACAGACCAAUCAGACGUGGAGAUGAAGGUGGUGUUAUGGAGGACAGCGGCUUUCUGGGCUCUGACAGUUUUUCCAGGAGAAAUUCUGCUCAUUACAGAUGUAAAAGUGCACAUAGACAAGUGGAAGACUGAGACUGUCCUGCAGUCGUCCUUCACCAGUAAGCUGCUAAAUUUGGGACAGGUCACAAGGGAACGUAUUCCACCUGCCCCACAGAAUUUGAACUGUCAUACAUUGAGAACGCUGUGCACUCAUCUGUGUGAGAAGCGCCCCCUCUUGGUGUCUCUGCCUCCUCAGAAGCCUCAGGAUUUGCACUCCAUCCCCUUCAUCCGCCUUGGAGCUUUACGUCCUGACACAUUGGUUCACGCUCUGCUUAGGGUUAAACACUGGAAGUUAAUCACAGUAGUGGUGUUUUGCUUGGUUUGAGGUGUACUAAAAGCCAUUUUGAAUGUGGAGCAAGGAGAUGGUCACCAAGGUGCUGUCAUACUUUGGGGAGCUGCUCUCUCUUGGCUGCAGCGUUUGGAGAGGAAAAAAGAUGCUGUGUGGGAGUUCAGGUUUCUGCUAGUCAGACAAGAUGUGACUUCAGGUUUGCUAGAGCUGCAUUCUACUCCAUGGAGCAGCUGUCAGCCUCUCUUUCCUGAUGACAAUCGAUGCAAGGAGUUUUACAACACUGGUCGCUCACAGAGGACUGCUAGCAGCUUCCAGAUUGAUCUCAGCACACUCCUGUCCCAGAAAUACUCAGGUGAUGUGGAUCUGAGAGUUAAAAUCACAGCGUUCCAGUUCCAGAGCAGUCCAUCCCAGGAGGCCUCGCUGUUAAUAGAUGGCAACACGCCCUUGGAGAAGAUCCUGGAUGUAGUCUCUGGUGACAUCAUCUUUGCCGGCUGUGGCCAGUGCUCUGCAGAACUGGAAACAGUUGAGAACAGCAUAUACAGACCCUGGUACCCAUGCCUGCCACACACAGGAGUGCGUCGCUACUAUAGGCCAGUUGUUUUAACUGUGCGAGCUGGAGAUGAUCAAAUCUGUGUGCAAGUUCCUCCUGCUCUGGUGCAGAGGAUCCUCCUAAACACUCCCCCAGAUAAGCUACAUAAGACCAUAGCCCCAGCAUCAGAGGUGAGGUUCAUUCAGUAAAGUCAACGUCUAAUAGAAACUAUACGAGAAUAAGCAAACAUCACGGCUGUCCGAGUGUGUACAAGUUUUUCCAGAGUCGCUUCGGAUGACCCUGCAGAGCACAGAAUGGCUGGAGCACUAAGGAUGGAUGAUACACAGUAUCCCAUGAAGUUUACCGAGUUCAUGGUGGACCUUCAUUAUCUGCAUGAACCUUUUGAGGUGAAGCCUGAACCCUUUGUGCCAGAGACAGUUCAUGGGCCUUACCUACAGAUAAUUGAGGAGCCAAAGCAGAGAGGAUUCAGAUUUCGUUAUGAAUGUGAGGGCCCAUCCCACGGUGGUCUGCCAGGGGCCUCCAGUGAGAGGAACAGAAGGACGUAUCCCACAGUCAAGGUGUCAAACUAUGUGGGUCACGCUCGCGUAGAGGUUCAGCUUGUGACACACACAGACCCCCCACGUGUUCACGCGCACAGCCUUGUGGGUCGCCAUUGUAAUGACAACGGGAUAUGCAUCAUUGAUGUCGGGCCUAAUGAUCUCACAGCACAAUUCAGUAAUUUAGGCAUCCUCCAUGUCACUAAGAGAGGAGUGGUUGAAGUAUUAACAAAAAGGCUGAAAGAAGAGAAGAGGAGGAUAAAAGAGCCUGGAUAUAAAUUUACUGAUUCCGAGGAACAGGCUAUUUUGCAAGAGGCCAGAGAACUAGGCAAAAGCAUGGACCUAAACAUUGUGAGAUUAAAGUUUACUGCUUACUUGCAGGACAGCAAUGGGAGUUUCACAAGAGCCUUGAAGUCAGUUGUCUCCAACCCUAUCUAUGAUAGCAAAUCACCAAAUGCUUCAAAUCUGAAGAUCUCCCGCAUGGACAAAACAUCUGGAUCAGUGCUGGGAGGAGAAGAGGUCUUUCUGCUCUGUGAUAAAGUUCAAAAAGAUGAUAUUGACAUUCGUUUUUAUGAGGAGGAAGAUGAUGGAGGAUGGGAGGCAUUUGGAGACUUCUCCCCUACUGAUGUCCACAAACAGUAUGCGAUCGUGUUUAAGACCCCACCGUACCGCUGCACAGAUAUCACACGUCCUGUCACAGUCUUCCUGCAGCUCAAGAGGAAGAAGGGAGGCGACUGCAGCGAACCCAAACAGUUCACGUAUAUUCCCCACAAUCAAGACAAAGAAGAGGUUCAGAGGAAGAGGAUGAAGCCACUUCCUCAGUCCUAUGAUAACUGGCGCGGAGGACCUCAAGGAGGAGCAGGGGCCUUUGGAGGUCCUGGAUCUGGAACAGGAGGAGGAGGAGGAAUGGGAGGAGGUUUUCAAUUUAAUCCUCCGAUUGAUGGUUCAGCGUUUUUCAUUGGUGGAUGUAGUGGAUUUAGUGGCGGGGCACAGAUGUCAGGCUCCACCCCACAAGCUGAAAGAUCUCAGAAUCAGUCGACAAACACACAAACUCAGUCUGGCUCUCAAUUGCAACAGCAUCUCUUUCAGAUUGACACAGCUCUGCAGAGUCGUGCCUCUUUGAUGGCAAAGUGGUCUGCUCAUGCUUUGUUACAGUACUGCAGAACAGGGGAUGUGCGCCUGCUACUGGCUCUGCAAAGACAUCUGUGUGGAGUGCAAGACGAGAACGGAGACACUCCUCUGCACUUGGCCAUUAUCCAUCAGCAACCUGUUGUGGUACAGCAGCUUAUUCAGGCCCUGAACAACACUCCACAGCAGAAGUUUAUCAACAAGCUCAACAACCUCAAUCAAGCUCCAUUGCAUCUGGCUGUGAUCACAAAGCAGGCCAAGUUAGUUGAGAUGCUGAUGAAAAUGGGUGCAGACCCGAGUCUGCUGGACCAGGAGGGCAGGACACCGCUUCACUUGGCCGCUCACACCGGUGAUGAGGCCAUACUACGAGUGAUCCUGGGUCUGCUGGGAGAGCGCCAUUCCCAUUUAAUAAACUCUGCUGACUUCUCAGGUCAAUAUCCAGUCCAUCUCGCAGUAAAGAAAUAUGGAGAGCGCUGUCUUCAAUUGUUGGUGGAGGCAGGAGCAAAGAUUAGCAUGCCAGAGCAGAAAAGUGGCUGCACACCACUACACCUGGCAGUGAGGGACAACCUUUUAAAACUGGCCUGUUAUCUCAUUACCGAGCUGAAGGCUGACGUGAAUGCGUGUACCUACGGGGGCAACAGUCCUCUUCACUUUGCUGCCAGUCAGGGCUCCCCAUCUCUCUGCUCCAUGCUGAUAGCUGCAGGUGCUGAUAAACGCAUGGAGAACGACGAGCCUCUUUUUUUGCAGAGCUCGUCUUCCUCAGAUGAAGAUGACGAGAGCGAGAAGAAUGAAGUCGACAGGCAGCUUCCAUAUCUCAUGGUUCAGCAAGUUCGCUGCAUGUCAAUAUCAUCUGAAAGAGAAACCUUUAACCCACGCAAGAGACCUGCUGCGGGACACACACCAUUUGAUCUGGCCAAAUGCCAAAAGGUUAGAGAUCUUUUAGAUGGCAGGAAAGGCCCCAGGCCCAGGUCACACGCCCCCAAGAGGACCAAAAUAAGCACUGAGGAAGUGAACCCAGGUUUGGACAGUGGGGUGCUCACGAAACUGUGUAGUAUUCUCAUUGAAGACCACGUACCCUGGAGAGAGCUGGCGGAAAAACUGGGCAUGCUCACACUCACUAACCUGUACCAGGAUAGUGCCUUACCCUGCCUUAAGCUUCUGGAGAACUACCAGCUGAGUGGUGGUCCUGUGGACGGCCUGGUGGAGGCGCUGCAGUCUCUGGGUGUGAGUGAAGGAGUGAGGCUGCUGAGAGACAGCCAACCCAAAGAGGACAAGCAGAGCACAGAUUCUAAAGAGGACAGCGGCUUUGGGAGUCAGUCUAUUGAAGAGGGGAUGGGAAAUCGUGCAGUGGCCAAUCACUGAUUAUUGGGAUCUAUUUUUUGAGGACAACUUGGCACUUUAUUUGACUGAUUUUUCAGGUGCGAACUGGUGGGCUGUUCAUCAUCUCAAUAAAGUGGAAAUACGGCCCAGCACAGGAUGAAUUGAAACGGAUCGUUUUGAGGUCAAAAGCCCUCGCUGGUAUUACAUAACAGCAAGACAACAUGACAGAAAUCAGUUGCUUUAAGAUGCUCAAAUCUCCAGUGAAGCUGGAGUGAAGCAGUAGUCUUAGACAAUUCAGUACUUUUAUCUAAGCAACCACUCAAUUACUGAGAUUCCACGGUAAUUUAACAGUAAUGCAACUGUCAUUUCACAACCACAGCUGUAAUCUUGGAAGAUUUCUGCAGAAUGUUCUGAUAUGAAUGUUUCUAGAAAGCUCUGUUUUGAGAUAUAUAUGUAUAUAUAAUAUGCAACCUUAGGAAAAUGCGAAGAUGUGAUGCAAUUUAAAUCACAUUGGUUGAUUUUCUGAUACAUCUGGAGACAUCUAUCUGAUACUGAUUAUUUAUGUGUAUGUUUGGUUGCAGUUAUACACUUGUUCAGAGUAAAUAUGUUUGUGUUUUAAUAAAGGUAUUUCAUUA